UUUUCAGUAACCCACCCCUCUCAUGCCACCGAAGAAGCGAAUUCGCGGGCCGAAGUUGCCAGCACUUCGUGAGGAAAAAUCAACUGGUACAGAUGUGGCUUCAGAUGAAUCAUUCAACGAAAGUGCUGAUUUUUUGAAUAAUGAAGAAUUAAACAAUGAUCAAAACGAUGCGGAAAAUACAGUUUUGAGCGAAGGUGUAUCCACUCUUAGAAUCAAUGAAAACAUGACAAAAGAGGAUCGAGCUUGUAUUUCUGCAGCACUUUUCAUAAAAAAAAGAGUCGUAGAAUCAAUUCGAACAGUUUUUCAAUCUCGUGAUGAUAUUAAUGAUGAAAUACAUACCAGUUCGCGGAAACUGAUUGCAGCAUUUAAAAAGGCUGAUCAGAAUCGUAAGAAAAAGGUCGAUUUAAUGAAAGUUUUCCUUGAUGAAAUAGAUGUCCGACUUUCAAUGAUUAUCGAAGAGGUGACUGUUCCUGAGCAUCGGGCUCGUGUCUUUAAAUUAAUCGCAGUGACAAUAACUGAAAUUCAAGCUUUCAAGCUUCCAUCGGAUCUCCUCGAUUUUAUUAUCAAUUUUAUUAACACUUGGGGACAUAGUGAUAAUGUUGCUGCGAGAAUUAACACGACCUGCUUCAUCAGUUAUAUAUUCGAGACAGGGAAACGAUAUUUAACAACUGAGGGUGAAUAUUCUGGAUUUGAAGUCAAGAUUGCAGCUAAAAUGUUUUUACAAUUGAAGAGAGCACUGCUUGACAAGGAGCAAACCGCCAGAGUUCCAGCUAUUCGAGGCCUAGGAUUCUUGCAAGAAAUACCAAUUCCAUCGAAUUGGCCAGUAGAUGCUAUGAAACAUUCACCAAGAGAACUUCUUCUCCGUUCCUGUAGAGACACAGCAUGGGAAUGCCGACUUGUUGCAGUUCAAUCAAUGGUACCAUUAGAAACAGAUGUUAGACUACUUUCAGACAUUGUCUAUUAUGACAAGUGUCUCAAUGUUCGUGUCGCAGCACUUGAACAGUUUUCAAACCUCAGGCCAAACAAACAUGUUCGCGAAAAAAUUGAAAUGCUUGAUUUAUGCCUGAAAGACCAUGAAGUAAAUAUUCGAGAUGCGGCAAAGGAAGUUCUGAAGAAUUGGGUUCGUAAUUUGUCAACGAGAUGGAGCGAAAGUCAAAAGAGCAAAGAUUCCAAUGAUGUUGUCAUUUUGAAUUCUAAUUCUGAAUCCACAACAGGAGAAGAGAAUAAAAUGAAAGGAUAUAUUCUUGCGGCCCAAGCACUUACAUUGCUAUGGCUAACGGGUGCUCUUGAAACAUUGGAAGGUCACUCAAACUUGAGACGAUUGAUAACUCAUACACUUGAUGUUAUUCGUCAAAUGUACGUCUGUCAAGCGGAUCCGAUUAACACAUUCGCAGAGGUUUUAAUUAGCGAUUUGAGAGAAAAAAUGAAGUCAAGUGCGGUGCCGAUUAUUACUAAAAGUACUGUUGGAUCAAUUUUAGAUGACAGCGAGCUUGCUGAUACACAAGAUCCAAGCACCAAUCGAGCCAUGAUCUUCUUUUGGAGAUGUCUUGUUGAUUAUAUUUCCGAUAGAAAACGGAAUGAUGCUGAUAAGAUAAACGCCAUGUCACGUUUCGUCAGUCCAUUGCGCACUAUGGUAGAGCAUGUGGAAAAAAUUCUCGUUCGAGUCAAGAAUCUGGAUGUUUAUCCGAACAUUAGCCAAAGAGCAGACUACGAGGAUCACACUUUCGUUCUGCAAAUGUCAAUUGUUGAGAAUAUAAUAUGUGUGAUGAGACAUGCACCAACAGAUCAACCUGGAGUUGAUGCAUACAAGCAAAUGUUAAUUUCAAUGUUGAUGAAUGUGUUCUAUCAGAAAAAAGUGAUUGAUCUCAUCGUUCAAGAACUCGCACAAUUUUACAAAGAAGAUCCGAAUGCACUGUUCACAUUGUUUAAUGAUAGAAUUGAAGAAAUGAGAUCGAAAUAUAAAAGUGGACAGUUUCCAGUUAUUGAAAAUAGUGUACCCGUUGGAGAGACAAAGGUUCGAAAAGAUUUAGAAGAGGAAACACGCAAAACCGGCCGACGAACAAUUUCAGACAAAGAUGGAAUCGCAGUUAUUGAUCUCUACGAGUUGAAAGUAUUGAAUGCUUUAUUGAAAACUGGAAUUUUACUUGGAUGGAGUACAACCUAUCAGAAUAGAUACAACAACAAGCUUCGCGAGGGUAUUUCAUCGAAAGAUUUGAGUACUCGUGUUCUCUGUACUGAAUGUAUUGGUAUUGGUGCAAUCUAUGAUUAUGAUCAAGCAGAAAAUACUCUUCGUGAAAUGAUGAAGAGCUUUAACACCCAAGAUGAACCAGUUCAGUGUUCAUUAAUUGCUGCGCUCACUGAUAUUCAAAUUGAGCAUGGCGAUCAAGUUGACGCUCUGUUCAGCUGGAAUUCAAAGCAACCCAAUUUUGCAGUAUUUCUAUCGGAUAUUGUUGUCAAUGCACAUGUUUCAGGAGAAUGUGAAACCAUGUUAAGAGCAGUUGAAGCAAUUUCAAGACUCUUCUUGAAUACAAAAAUUGACCCGAAUCAACAAAAAUGGCAACGUACAAUGGUUACACUUAUGACUCGAGCUUCAUACGCGAUCACUAAUCGCUUCUCCGCUAAAGUUCGCAGUACGAUCAUUGUGAUGCUCAAAUUCUUCUGCUCUAUCAACAAAAACAAUCAACUUCUUCUCAUUAAAUCAUUCCACAAUUUCUUCGAUAUGUGGGCCAACUCUACGACACCCGAACGGUUGACUGAAAAUCGCCAUGAAAUGGUUACAAAGCUUAAAAGAUGUGCAGCCACUUUUGUUGCAUUGACUCGUCAUUCCACGCUUCCAUUGGAAGAACAGAAGAAGUGUAAACCAACACACGUCGACCUUGUGGAUGACAUAUUUCACGAAAUGGCUGGAGCUCCUGAUUCAACAUCUGUCGAUUAUUAUAUUUGUGCUCUUAACUUCGUGGAAUAUCAGAGUCUCAGUAGAUCAGCUCUCACAAAAAUUCAUGGAGAUUUAGAAUCGUAUAUAUUUCUCCACGAAUUAGACGGUGACAAGCAUCGAUACAACGAACUUCGAAAGGCUCAUAGAAAGAUAGCGAAAAUUCUCGGAUUGAACGAAGAUGAAAUUGAAGAAGUGCCAAGCAAAACUGACUUAAGAAAAGAAGCAGCGCCGUCCAAAACCAACAAAAGAAAUGCGAACUUGAUCAGCACGGAUAUCGCAGUUGAUAAUGAUGUGAAUAUGGAAGAAGAUGAUAAGCCUGGCCCAUCAAGACCCGCUACUGUUAGAAAACCGAGAGCUCCACGAGCAACUCCAGCGUCUGCCACGAAAAAGAAACCUUUAGUUGAAGAGGAUGCGUUGGAGAUUUUGAAAAGUCCACCCAGAAAUACUAAAAAACCACCAUCCCGUCCAACUACAGCUACCCGUCCAACUGCAGUUGCAGCUCGCACAGCACCUCCAAGAAGUGCACGUAAACUGAGAAGUGAAAAAUGAGAAAUUAAUAAUUUAAAUUGACUUGUGCUUUUCGAUCUCGUUAUUUAUUACCACUUACAUUUUAACCUUUUUUUCCUCGAACACGUUUCCCAAUUUUUAUGAAUUUAAAUAACUUUACCUUUUCCGCCAUAUUUCUUAAUUCUCUAAUUUCAUUUCCUAGAAAUUAUUUAUUCGACUAUACAAACCACCCAACAAUAAUGCAAAAUUCUCCACUUGGUCUCUUCAUAUUCAUCAUCAUUAUUACCCUACAUGCAACUAAGGCAUUCGAUGUAAAGUUUUCUUUUGUAAUUCGUUAACUUCCACAGAAAAUUCUUAAUUCUAUCAAAUAAAUUCGUAGAUUUCAAUC